AUGAACCUCGAACUUGACGGAGACGACGUGUCUUUCGACCAGCCCUCGCCGUCCACUGCGUCGCCGCAGCCUUCCUCCGCCGCUGCCGUCAAUGGAUCCAGCUCGCGUCGACGGAAGGGACUGCCUGUGCACCGAUGCCGCUUCCCUGAUUGGAGUCCUGCAGGCGUCUCGGCGCUGGCGAUCACCCCGGAAUCGUUCGACGCCGGCGUACUCGGCUUCGGAGCGAACAGCGGCGAGAGGGGCGUUCUUGCGAUUGGCAGGGCGAAUGGAGACGUCGAGUUGAUGCUGUGGGGUGGUCACCAGGGCUGGAUGUCGUGGAGAACUCUCCCUUCGUCUUUCCCUCUUCCCAAGCAGCGCAACUCGCGCAAGCCGACUUCUCUCCUUUCUCACCUCGUCUGGACACACCAGACGACGCUUUCAUCGAACGACCUGGACUUGUACGAGGGAGACGUCGAAGGCGCCGAGCAGGAGAUUCGCAGGUUGAAGCGUGAGGGCGUCCGGUUGUUUGGUGUUGGAGGCGUCGGGAGCGAGCUCGUCGAGUGGGAAUGGGGAGGCCCUGGCAGCGGGCGAGCAGUGGGCAUGGUCAAGUCGACUUUGCCGACUCUUCCUCCCAUUUUCGCCGUCGCCGCGUCACGUUCGUCGUCCUCGCUCGCCAUCGCAUGCGAAGACUCGACCAUCCGCAUCCUCAACAUCCUUGAUGGCGAGCUCGAGCUCGUCUCGAAGAUCGAGGUUGGCGGUCCCGGCAAGGUCCGCGCCCUUUCGCUCGCUUGGGGACCUCCCGUCGACCCCGUAUCGAAGGGCAAGGAGCGCGAGUCGUCGCCCUCGGGCUCGUCUCUCCCCUCGCACUUCGUCACGCCCUCCGAAAGCUACAUCGUUGCCGGCUGCUCCAACUCGACCAUCCGCCGCUUCGACGUUCCCACAUCGGGCUCUGUCGUCGGCGUCUGGCGUGGCAGCCUGCGCAUGACGCUCGACCGGCUCAAGGGCGAGCACACGGUCGUCUGGACCGUUGCGAUCCUCGAAGACGGUACGGUUGUCAGCGGAGACUCGAUGGGCAACGUCAAGUUCUGGGACGGCAAGAUGGGCACGCAGACGCAGAGCUUCCGCGCGCACAAGGCGGACGUGCUCGCGCUCGCACUCGGCUCGGACGGCACGUCCAUCUUCACGAGCGGCGUCGACCAGAAGACGGUCGAGUUCCGCCUCGUUACCGUCGCCUCGUCGCGCGUGCACGGCGUACCUGCCGGUCGAUGGAUUCAGGCGUCUGGCCGACGACUCCACUCGCACGACGUCCGCGCCAUCGUCAUCUCCCCACCCUACUCUUUCCCGCUUCCCUCUCCCGCUCCUUCCGCUCAGCCGAAGAAGGCUCUCGUUCCCAUCAUGACUUCGGCCGGCCUCGACCUCUCCCUCAUUCUCACCGCCGUCUCUCCCGCGUCUACUACCUCCGCAACCAGCAAGAAGCGCGCCGCUCUCCCCAAUCCCGUCUCCGAUGUGCCCUCAAUUGAAUUCGAAUCGACUGUUCACCGUCGCGCCGCAUACAUCCCACAACGCGGACGACCAUUCGCUGUCGCAGCGGGCACCGGCGCGCCCGAUGCGCCUCGACUGCUCGUUUGCAGGCGAGACAGGAGCGUCGGGAUCUGGCGGCUUGAGGACCCGAAGAGGGCUGGCAGUACGCUCGGUCUUGGUGCGAACGCUGCGCCGCUCAAGAAGGCGAGGUGGGGGAGGAAGAAGUUCGCGCUCGGAUUGGAUGGCGAGGUGGAAGAGGAGGAAGAGGAUCUCGGGACGACCGGGUACGAGAAGGUCGCGGAGCUCGAGCUCAAGAUGCAAACCAACCUCGUCGCAUCGGCCGUCUCGCACGAUGGCAAGUGGCUCGCGGUUUCCGACCUCUACGAGACCAAGCUGUUCCGCCUGUCCUGGCGAGGUGGCGAACUGGUCCCGCGUCGGCAAAAGUCCUUCAACGACGCCCUUGUCGCCGGCCUGCCCAAUUCGUCCCUCGGUACCGGCUCGUCGUGCUUGACCUUCACGAAGGACUCGCAGCGUCUCGUCCUCUCGUCAGCGUUCGGCUCGGCGGUUGCUGUUGUCGAGCUUCCGCAGGGCAAGGACGAGGAUUUCGAGGUCGUGUCGGUCUUUGGCGAAGGCAGCUCGUCGGCGGGCAAGCCCAAGGCAAAUGGGCUGCCCAACGGCCGUGGCAAGGCGGAAGAAGACGUCGUUAUGAACGGUGCGAGUGACACGGAAGACGACAGCGAGGACGACAUCGACGAUGCGCCCCCGGCGAAGCGCGUUCCUUCGACAAUCGUCUGCCUCGCCGUUUCGGGCGACAGCAGGUUCCUCGCGUCAGCCGAGUCAGACCGGACAGUCCGCAUCUUCGACCUCGUCUCGCAUAAGCUGCACACGACCCUCCCUACUCCUCCCGCCGUCCCAACUUGGCUCAGCUUUGCCCCUUCCUCGCCCAUCUCCGAACCGACUCUCAUCAUCGCAUUUCCUUCGAAUGCCCUCCUCUUCUUCGGCCUCACUUCUCUUCGCUUCCACCCUUGGGGUCUUCCGCUCUCGUCCCGCAAAUACAACACCCUCAUGGACAUCCGCGAGCCGGUUCUCGGCAUCGCCUUCGAGCCUCGGCGGACGGACACAUCCGCUAUCGCAAACGGCGGCGACGACCAGCAGCACAUCCACCCCAGUCGCCGAGCAGCAGUCCGCAACGCUGCGACAGCCAACGCUGAGUCGAACGUCGCGGUCGUUUGGGGCGCGAACUGGGUCGCCAAGAUCGACAUCGAGGCUUUGCGACGGGGCGGAGAUGCCAAGGUCGAGGUCAACGGGCAGGCGAAGCGGAAGAACAAGAAAGGCGUGCCGGAGCGGCGCGAGAUGGACCGGAAGCGGGCAAGGGAGGAGGACGAUGACCUUGUCUCUGCGACAGCCGCGACGAAGGACGAGCCGAAGCCGCUUGACAUCCGGGUCACGAGGCGGUACCAACCUCUCGUCUUGUUCGACUUUGUCGGACAGGGCGAGCUCGUCGCCGUCGAGCGGACUUGGUUCGACGUCGCGCGCGACUUGCCCGAGGCGUGGGUCAAGUCGGGGCAGUUUGGCACGUAG